UUUUUCGUUAUUAGGAGUUUUAUUUCUUUCAAAUUCCGACUUAAAGUCAAUGAAAAAAUGUUCAAAUUCACUGUAUUGGCUAGUUUUAUAUUCGGUUUUGCAAGUGCAUUUUUAAAUUCCCAUAAAUGUCCACAAUUGCAACCAAUGUCUUUGUUUCAUAUGAAUAAGUUCUCUGGAGUUUGGUAUGGUGUUCAGUCGGAAAAUAACAUUCCAGCCUGCGAAAUUUUCAAAAUAACCCACAAAGCUGAGCAUUUGAAUUUCAACAUGAACACCGAAACCAAAAUUGAAGCUGAUGGUGAAAAGUAUAGAACAUCAUACAGUGAAACACUUACCAUUCCCGAUAUUGAUGUACCGGCACACAUGAGCGUUUCGCCAAUACCUCGUGUUUCGGGGAUUUUGUCAUUGAAAGUCGGUCAUAUGGUCCAGUCAAACUUUACCGUUAUUGGCACCGAUUACGAGUCAUAUGCUCUUGUUUACAGAAGUGAUGGUUUCAUCUAUCAUUCACUAAAAAAUAAGAAAAAUGUGGAGGACUGUUCACAUUAUGCACAAAUUUGGUCAAGAACUCCGGUUUUAAGCGAUUCAUUCAAUUCCAAGGUAAAAUUAAUCGUUGAUAAUCAUCCAUUUGAAACGCUUCUGUAUAAUUUAAACGACAGUCUAAAUAAGACAGGUUGCACUCCCGAUACAAAUAACUGGUGAAAAGUUAAAUAGAUUAAAAGAAAAUGCUAAUUUCGACAUAGUCUUUAUUUAACUAAAUCGCAAAAGUUUCUCAAAUUUGCUUGUGCUCAAAAUAUUGUUCAAUU